UAAGGAAACAUUUCUAAAACAAAAUAAAAGAAACUGAAAGUUAUUUGGAUCUCUGUCUCCCUGAAGCCAUGGCUACUGCAGCUGAUCCUUUUAAAAAUCUGCAAGAUGAACUGACCUGCUGCCUUUGUCUGGAAUAUUUUAAGCAUCCUGUAUCAGUUAAAAAAUGCUCCCACAGCUUCUGUAAAGAAUGCAUCACACAGCACUGCAAGAAGAAAGGGACCAAGGCCUCCUGUCCCACAUGCAGGCAGGACUUUUAUCCGAAUAAUCUGAUGGAAAAUAGAUCACUGGCCAAUAUACUGGAAAUUGUCCAGCAGAUUAACGAGAGCCCACGAGCAUGGGGAAGGGAGCCUGAAAACUGUCAGGAGCUGUUGCAACUCUUCUGCAGAGAUGACCAAGAAGCCAGGGCAUCCCAGAAUCUGAAGCUGUCCGCUGGAUGUCUUCUGAGUCAGCUCAAGAAUGAGGUAAAAAUAAGCGAAAUCCCUUCACAAGUCAUCAUGUUAUGCAAUGCAAUCCCCAACAUGGUGAAGAACAGGACUGAAAUGAAGGAUUAUGUAUCUCGGAUUAAAACCUCAGUUACAGAAGACUUCACUUUGAUGAAGAAGUACAUUAAUGAACAGGAGCAAAUGGUGCUGAAGGCUCUUGACAAAGAAGAUAGAGUGUCUGAACAAAAAACAGAUGCAGUGGUUCAGCUGCUGACAGAAAGAGUCAACAAGCUUUCAGAGUUGCAAAGUAAUCCUGAAGAAAUGCUGAAGAAUGUCUCAUCAGAACAAGCAGUUUAUGUGGGUUCAUGUACUGCAGCUGAUGAAGUUACACUGGAUGUUCGGAAGAUUGAUAGUAUUGCAUAUGCCGUAAAGAAGCUGAAAAGAUCAUUGAAAAUACCAUUGUUGGAGAACUAUCCUGAACAGAUGCUACAAGAGCCUUCUCCAGGAGUCAACUACACCAAUGACAUCUUGAUGGAGCUGGAAGAAUGCACAGUUGCCUCCUCCAGCAGCUCUUCCCAGCCUCAAGCUACACAUGAGAAAACUAGUGGCUGUCCUUCAUCAGUGGAAUGUGACAGAGACAGGUCAAUGCCAAUUAUUUCAAGUCAGUUUUCUCCGUGGGCGGCUGAUGUGACAUUUGAUCUUGAGAGAAUCCAUAACAACCUGAAACUCACAGAAGAUAAAAGGAGAGUGACUGUGUCCCAGUCUUCAUGUCAAUAUGAGCGCACCCCAAAGAGAUUCCGCAUCAGCCAGGUGAUGGGCUCUCCAGGUUUCUCUGAAGGGUGCCAUUACUGGGAAGUGAGCACCAAAGACAGUACUGGGUGGGCCAUUGGCGUGGCUGUUGGAAAAAUUGGCAGUCAUGAUCAGCUAGGGAGAACUGAGCUAUCCUGGUGCAUAGAAUGGUCAAAUAAACUCUCUGCAUGGCACAACGGACAAGAAACUCAAAUUAGUAAAGAGAAACCUCUCCGGGUUGGCACCUUUCUUGAAAUUCCUGAAAACUGCUUAUCAUUUUAUUCUUGCUCUGAUAAGGAAACUUGCUUACAUAAGUUUAAAAUCAAAACAGACAGUCCCAUUUACCCAGCUUUUUGGAUCUAUGGUGUGCAGCCGGGUGGUUUUUUAACUAUAUGCAAUAUUAAGAGGAACUAGGGUAUAGCUAGAAUUCCACAGUCUAGUUGGAGGGCACAUGCCAGAGCUACUUUGAUGAGGCUAAGCAGGUUUGGGGUCUUACUGAUGCCUGGAUUACAGAUGUUUUAGGAAUCCUGUAUAAGCUGCCAUGAGCACUAUGAAGAACGGAAGCUGGAUAUAUGUGCCAUAUAUACAUAGUAUCUGUGCUACCAAUGUAUAUUGCUUUAAUACCAUUUUAAACUUUUAUU